AUGCAUGUCCUUCCCUCCCCAGAGGAAUUCCUCUCCAGCUUGGAUCACUAUGAGAUCGCCUUCCCCAUCCAAGUGGACCAGAACGGCGAUUUCCUCACCUUCGACAUGCGCCGCCAGCUGAAGCCGCGGCCGCGGCGCUCGCUGCCCUACGAGCCCUCGGAGCAGCAGGUCUUCUACAAAGUCUCUGCCCACCACACCCAGUUCCUGCUCAACCUCACCCUCCACUCCAACCUGCUGGCCGAGCACUUCACCGUGGAGUACUGGAAGCGGGAUGGCAUGGACUGGCAGCACGACUUCCACGAGGACUGCCACUACGCCGGGCACCUGCAGGACCAGUACCUCAGCUCCAAGGUGGCCAUCAGCAACUGCAACGGGCUGCACGGGGUGAUCGUGGCAGAUGAGGAGGAAUAUUUCAUCGAGCCCCUGAGCCCUGGAGCCAACGUCAGCAUGGGGGGAGAGGGCAAGGGCAGCCCCCACGUGGUGUACAAGCGCUCGUCCCUGCAGUACCCUCACAUGGAUGCAGCCUGUGGAGUGAUGGGUCAGGUUGCCAAACUUUUCCAGGACUCGAGUCUGGGCAAUAUUGUCAAUAUCCUGGUCACCAGGCUGAUCCUGCUCACCGAGGAUCAGGUACGACAUUUGCAUCUACAAGAACAAGCCCUGUGGCACCCUGGGCCCACCAUCGGAGGGAAGUACUGCCUGGGAGAGAGGAAACGCUACCGCUCCUGCAACACUGACGACUGCCCGCCGGGCUCGCAGGAUUUCCGAGAGCUGCAGUGCGCCGAGUUCGACAGCGUGCCCUUCCGAGGGAAGUACUACACCUGGAAAACAUACCGGGGAGGGGGUGUCAAGGCGUGCUCCCUCAACUGCCUGGCCGAGGGCUUCAACUUCUACACGGAGAGAGCGGCGGCCGUGGUGGAUGGAACGCCCUGCAGGCAGGACUCCAACGACAUCUGCGUCAACGGGGAGUGCAAGCACGUGGGCUGUGACCGGGUGCUGGGCUCCGACUCCAAGGAGGACAAGUGCCGGGUGUGUGGAGGAGAUGGCAGCUCCUGCGAGACCAUCGAGGGCGUCUUCAACCACUCCCUGCCCGAGGGAGGUUAUGAGGAGGUGAUCCAGAUCCCCAAGGGUUCUGUGCACAUCGACAUCCGGGAGCUGAACCUCUCCAUCAACUACCUGGCGCUGCGAGGGGACAGUGGGGAAUAUUUCAUCAACGGGAAGCUCUCCAUCGAUCCCCCCCGGCGCUUCGACAUCGCCGGCACCACCUUCCACUACAGGAGGUCUCCUGAGGAGCCCGAGUCACUGGAGGCCUUGGGACCCACCAACAUCACCCUCUUUGUCAUGGUGCUGGUGAGGACAGAGCUGCAGGGCAUCCGCUACAAGUUCAACGCUCCCGUGGGCAGGGAUGGCUCCAGCCUCUACUCCUGGCACUACACCCCAUGGACCAAGUGCUCCGUGCUGUGUGCAGGGG